CGUCGCGGCGUGGUUGUGUGCCCAUCGAGAUAGUCCCAGAAAAUACUUUAAGAACCAUCCCAAUAUUAUCGGACCAAAGAUCGCGUGUUUUGUGAAGUGAUAAAAAAGAUUUAUUGAUGAUUUAUGACAAGUCUGUGAAAAGGGCAGCAGUAAUUUGGAAAAAUUAAUAAAGCUGUGGGAGUUUCGAAAAACACAUAUUGCAAAUAAAGUUUUAAGAAAUUAUUUUUGGAGUAAGCUCAUAAGCGUUUCGCCGAAAAUUAGAGCAUAAGGCGAGCGAGUGGGUGGAAGGGGCAAAAUGGGCGCCCUCCGCCAGACCAUCCGCCCGAGCCAGCGGAUGCCGUGCACCACGGUGCGGAUGCGUGAUGUUCGCGCCCCGGCCUUUGACAACUGAAAAUGCCAAAAGGUAGCAAAGCAGCAGCAGCAGCAGCAGUCCCCGUCCCUGCCAAUCGAUAACCGCAGCACACAAAGUGCUGAUCAGCCAAUCAAGGCGAGUAACUAAGCGAUAUAGGGGUAUAUAUAGUCAAAGAGUCCCCCGAAAAAAAAGAGGAGCAAAAAAGCCAGAAACCCCGAGCCCCAGGAUGCGGAUGUGGAUGUGGAUGCCGCAGGCUGUGCAGCUGCUGUUUGUGAUGGGCUUGUGGGUGAUGCAAGGUCAGGCGCAGUUGGAAUCCAUGGGACAGACAGCCGGAGCAGCGGGAUCGGGAACUGCAACUGGAUCCCCAUCCCUAACCCCAUCCAUUCCAUCGCGGAACCGCAUCAAGGCGGAAGCGGAUGCCCUGAUGACGGGCGACAGCUUCAACAUUCGCCACGGGCGCUCUCGUUCGCAUUUCCUCCACUCGAACAGCAGUGGUGGGAGUGGUGGUAGCGGUGGUAUACCCACCACCCGGCUCCUCCUGGUCCCACCGCCCACUCAGUUGCCCGGAGCGGGUGGCACCUCCCCGGCUCCCGUCACGCAUAAAAUCCGCAAAUUGCACAAGAAGAAAAUCAACGAGAGCAUUCGCAAGAGUGUGGACAAAAGUCUGGGCCUCCUCCAUCCCGCCAAGAACCAUCGCAGUCUGGCCGAGGCCGAGCAUCUGCAGGGUCGUCCUGCCACCGAGGACACCGAGGAUACGGCACUCAGCGAGGUCAUGCAGCUGGCGGAUGAGAUUGAGCUGGAGAGUUCAUUCGCCACGGUGGCCCCAACAGGUGAUCCGGAUAUCGUUGUCAAGCAGGCGCGCCAAUUUGUGCGUGAUGAGGCCAAUUACGAGAGGGAGCAGGAGGAUGAACCUCUAGGGGAGGAAGAGGAGGAGGAGGAGGAAGAGGAGGAGGAGGAGGAGCUGACUGUAUCAACCACCACAAAACCCAAAAUGGCCAGAACCCGCCUUCUCCCAGUGAAUGGCACUUGGUCGCGAGGGGGUAGGAUGCGCAGUGACUCCUCCUCGGAAUCGGAUUACGAAAGUAAUGCCCUGGAGGAGGAGCAAGAGGAGGAGGAGGAGGUUCAGCCAUUUGGCAAACCCCAGACCAACGAAAGCCUCGGCACCACAGAGUGGAUGGAUGAGGGUGGUCAGCGAGGAGGCAGGGAGCCCGAGGCGGAGGCCCGCUCCCAGGUAGCCAGCAUGGAGGUCAAGCAGAUUAGCUUUGAUGGCUCCGAUUCCGAUUCCGACUCCGAAUCCAGCCUGCUGGACACCUCCGAGGUCACCAUGGACGAUGGCUAUCCGCCGGAUGUGCAGAUCGAUGACAAGACCAAGCAGCUGGUCAUCGGCGAUGUGGAGGGCGUGGAGGAGACGGAUGAGAACAUGGAGUCCAGCCAGAUAACCGCCGAUGUGAUCAACGCCCGGGACAGCAAGAUCGAUCUGGUGUCCAAGUUUUUGCAGUACAUCGAGCAGCAGCACCUGAUGGGCUCCAAUUGCGUGGCGGGUACCUCCCUGAAUCUCGGCGAGGGCGUGGUCGAUAGGUAUGCCCAGGACAGAUUCCGCGUGGAGGCCGAGGUGGCCGUCAAUCGAGCCAACAUGCUGACCAGAAUCUUCAAGACCACCGGCCGUUCCGUCCAGGAGGAUGUCAACCUGCUCCACGCCUCCGUGCUGUCCAUGGUGGAGUUCGACGAUGAUAUAUUCGCGGCCGGAAAUUGCUUCGAUUGGAAUGAGCAUCCCGCCCAGCCGGGACUCUUCUGUCCCUUUGCCUACCGCCUGCCACCUCCAAAUCUCGGAGCGGUCUUCGCCAAGGAUCUGGCCAUGGAGUACCACUAUCUGGGCAACACCUCCGAGUGGUUCUUCCUGGCCCGCAAGAAUGCCGAGAAGGUGAUAGCCCGCAACGAGCAGUAUCUCAAGUCCUUUCAUCUCUACUCGAACCGCACGGAGGAGCGAAUCGAGGACGACACGCUGGCUGUGAAAUAUGAGGAUGGCAGAUGGUCAAAACCCUAUUACGACUGCGGCGGGGGCAACAUUUGGAUGCUAACCUACACGGUGCCAUUCUUUGGCUACGAGAACGGAACCUAUCACUUCAAGGGCACAUCUGGCAUCGAUAUUGACUUGCGGCGCGUGGACAUCGACCAGUGUCCUCAAAGGCACACUCCUGGAACCAAAAGACCACUGAACAUCUUCGCCGGAACGGACAAAUGCAAGCAGCGCACCACGAUGUGCGAGGCCAUCAUGGGAUUGGGCUUUCGGCGUGGUUCCUACAAAUGCCUGUGCCGCAAGGGAUUCUAUUUCCCCGACAUCGUAUCGCAGCACAAGUUCUUCAACGGCAGCCUGCUGGAGGAGGAGUACGAGAAGCUGAUGCUGGGCAAGAACUCCACGUAUAACAGCAACAGCGAGUACGAGUGCCUGCCCUGCGCCGAGGGCUGUGACUCCUGCGAGGACUCCUCGCCCUGCAUCGCCGCCCUCAACUGGCCGAUGCGCACCAGCAUCCUGGCGCUGGCCUGCAUCGUGAUUGGACUCCUGCCGCCGGCAGCCUGGUUCACCUUCCGCUACCAGCAGGUUAAGGUUGUGAGGGCCGCCAGUCCGGCUUUACUGCGGGUCAUUGCCUUGGGGGCAUUCUUCAUUUACUGCACGAACAUAGUGAUGUAUCCCAAUCCCAAUCUGUAUACCUGCACCGCCCGCAUUUGGCUGCGUGAGAUAGGAUUCUCACUGACCUACGGAGCUCUGAUGCUGAAGACCUGGCGGAUAUCGGUGAUUUUUCGAGUUCGUUCGGCGAAGGCUGUGAAAAUCACCGAUGCUGCCCUGCUCAAGAGACUGGGCAUCAUCUGCGGGGCGAUUGGAACCUGCCUGCUGGUCAGGACCCUCGUCUCCCCACCGGAUGUGGUUGUAGGCCGCACUGCCGAUGAUUUGAAGGCCUUCCUUUGCAAGACCGACUGGUGGGACUACACAUUCACAUCGAUGGAGGUCCUGUUUCUGGCCUGGGGCGUUCGUUUGUGCAUUAUGGUGCGGAAGGCACCCUCGGAAUUUAACGAGAGCCGCUUCAUUUCCAUGGCCAUCUACAAUGAGUUCCUGCUCACCUGCUUCCUCAAUGUGUCCAUGCUCUUCCUGCAGUCGCCGGCCAACCCGGACUUGCUGUACAUCAUCUUCUUUUGCCACACGCAGCUGACUGUGACCCUGCUCCUGGCCCUAAUCUUCGGCAGCAAGGUGUACAUCGUGCUGCGUAGUGGCAAAUCGCAUCAGGAGAACAUCGGCAUGGGCACCAAGGCAUCGGGGGCGAAAUUCAAUUUCCGUCCCCAAGUGCGCACCUUUGCCAAUCCCAGCUCGGUGACCACCUCCACGGUCCCGGUGGCGGGCACCACGUCAGCAGAAACAAAGCUGUCCGACCAGGAGGCGCUGGAGGAGAUUCGCCAGCUGAGCAUGCAGCUGCAGCGCAUCCAGGAGAUGGCUCCGCCCAAGGGCGUGGCGGUGAUGACGAUCUCCAGCCUGCUGGACGGCCUAAAGACCCCGGGCGGCCUAAUGGUGGUGGCGGCGGCAGCGGGAGCCACUGCCCAUGGCCACUCGGCCGCCACCCGCCAAAGCGCCCUGCCCCUCCUGGCCCUAAAUGUGGAGAUGCAGAAGUACAGCCAGCAGAACAACAAUGCCAAUGGGCGUGGCAGUGCCAGGGCCAGUAUUCCCACCAUGGUCCUGGAAACGCCCCCGAGCUCCACGCCCCCCUCGGCGGCCUACGAGGAGCGGGCCAUGAACACGGAGCUGAGCGGCGAUGACUUCCGGGAGCAGCUGCUCCGGCGGACAGCCGAUGGCCACAUCAUCUGCAGUCGCUGCCUGGACGCGUCCAAGGAGCAUUACUACUGCUGUCCACCGCGCAGCGCCUGCGAUCACAUGGGUUCGCCCAAGGACGAGGGCAGCCUGAGCUUCGCCAACAUCAAGCUGGAGUGUAUGUGCUCCCAAUCGGAGGACUUGGAUCAGGUUGAUCCUGGCCAGCGCAGCCAAAGGAGGCCCACAGUGCGAACGGCAGCCACAAAUACGCCGCCAACCAGCUGCAAAAGGCAACCCCGCAAUUUAUUGGAGGCCGAACUCAGCAUUUCGUAUCAAAUUUGUGAUAAUUGUAGAAGUAAGUACAAGCUAACUGGCCGCCGGAGGAGCGGCAGCUACUCGCAGGCCCAGGCGAAUCCGCAGCUUGGCCAGCAGCCGAGUGGCCAGCAGGUGCAUCCCAUCCAGUCCCGCAGCAUCGAGGUCCUGGAUCGCACGACGGCAGCGGAAGUUGAGGGCGAGGGUGCCAGGACCAAGGCAGCCCACUCCACGGACGACAUUGUCCUGUACUCCACGGAGAAGGAGAAGAUCCAUGUCCAGGCUCAGCUGGAGCCCGACUCCCUGGCUGCUCCCUCCCUGGGCAAUGUGUCCAACAACUCGAACAACUCCACCAGCGGCAGUGGAGGAACCAGUCGUCCCAAGAGGCCAGACAAGUUGGUCCUGGAUCUGAACGAUCGGUCCAAGUACACCAAAGAGGUUUCCGUGUAAAGAGAAUGAAUUUUCGCCAGCCAGGCAAAGCUGUUCGGCAAAAGUCGAGAAAACACUGUAAGUUUAGCAGGAUAAUAAAUAAUAUUUAUCUCUGAUAUAGACCGAAUUGGUUAUAAUUUUUGUUUUAAACACCAAAUAUUAUGAAUUAUUAUUCAUUUAUGAUAAUAGAAAAUAUACUCAAAAUUUAUUUAU